CACGAGCGCAUGCAAUUUUGGGCCUUACAGCACACUCGCUCCCAAUAUGCCCUACCGAUCCGAAAUAUAACCUCAAAUUCUUAGUUUUUAACCCGAUCUCUGUUCGAAUCUAAUAUUAGAAUAAAAGAGUGGCCUAUUAAGUGUCAACUGUUAUAUAGUCACGUGUACAAGUGUGCGUUUAUCUGUGUUCGUUCCGAGGAUGUGGCAUGUAAGCAACGGGCUGUCAAUUUGUUUAUGAGUGUUGUGAUUAUACGUGAGUAAAUGAGUGCGUGCCUCGACAGAAGAUGAGCCAAAUGGGAACGGACGACAGCAUGAGUGAUGAUGUUUUUGAAGACGAGACUCUUCGAGCCCCCAAAGUUCGAAGCACUCCGUCUCCGACCGGGUACAGGGACUACCAUCCUCCCGCAGAAACUCCCAUGCGGUAUCACGCCGAGGAAGACGUGCCAAUUCACAAGACAAUCUUGCUGGGCGACAGCGGUGUCGGGAAAACAUCUUUAUUGGUACAAUUCGAAACUGGGAAAUUCCAGGCUGGGAAUUUCUCAGCCACCGUGGGUAUCGGAUUCACGAACAAGGUAGUCACAGUUGACGGAAUCAAGGUGAAGUUGCAGAUUUGGGACACCGCCGGCCAAGAGCGCUUUCGUAGCGUCACGCAUGCUUAUUACAGGGACGCACACGCGUUGCUGCUGCUCUAUGAUGUGACGAACAAGACGAGUUUCGACAACAUCCGAGCGUGGCUCGGAGAGAUUCGGGAGUACGCACAGGACGACGUGGUCAUAAUGCUAUUAGGUAACAAAUCCGAUAGCGGCCUAGAGAGGGCGGUGAAGCGGGAGGAGGGGCAGCGCUUGGCGAGAGAGUACCAAGUCGCCUUUAUGGAGACAUCAGCCAAAACCGGACUGAAUGUCGAAGCUGCCUUCGCCCACGUGGCGCGAUCGCUCGUCGCCAAAGCGAACCCCGUCGAUCCGUCGAGGCUGGCGGUGCGCGCGCAGCCAUCACAAGAACAACGGUCAUCGUGUCCGCCAUGUACAUAAGUUUAUUCUAGAAAAAACUUGAGAGGUGUCAAGGGACACCCGGAUGGAACGAAGUUCCUUUCGAUUAAUUAGUGAAGGAAUUGUAAUAAA